CAGCCUUUGUGCACCCAAGACACUCAGUUGCGCCACUGUCAAGAACGAACCCAACCUGGCUGGAUUGACCGACUUGCCCAUUCCUUCCACUUCUUCCCAACGUCAACCUCAAAGAGUGAUUAACCUCUUCUGCCACCGAAGUCGUCUAAACAAGUUGUCGUCUUUAUUUCUCCCCUCCGAAUUCACUCAUUGAAAUACUGCGUCGUUCACUUCACCUACUCGGUUGGUGUUGAUCGACUACAAUCCGGCUCGUUGUUCGAGGUUCCCUUCACUCCCUAGGAAUCAAUUCGUCAUAGUAUUUGAUCUUGGACCAAGCCCAAAUCACUUUGUCCCGUUCAUCGCCUGCGUCGCCGACCGCAACGAGACCGAGGCGACCCGACCCGACCCGAUCCUUAAUUCCAUCCUUUAAAAUUAGAACGGUUGGCCUAUCCAGUCAAUCCGACACCCGAAGUUCAUUCAUUCUUCUCCGUCAUGGCUUCCAAAGCAGCCACCAAACGGCUCACAUUGGAGUACAAGUCCAUCUCCAAGAACCCGCCGCCAUACAUUACUGCGCAUCCAUCAGAGUCUAAUAUUCUUGAGUGGCAUUACAUUAUCACCGGUCCAGAGAACACUCCCUACUAUGGCGGUCAAUACUGGGGUACUCUCAUGUUCCCGCCCAACUACCCUUUCGCCCCGCCGGCCAUCCGCAUGCACACGCCUUCUGGCCGCUUCCAACCUUCUACCCGCCUAUGUCUUUCCAUCUCCGACUUUCACCCUCGCUCCUUCAACCCGGCAUGGGAGGUCUCUACCAUUUUGAUUGGUUUGCUGUCUUUCAUGACGUCGGAGGAGAUGACCACCGGCUCAGUUUCAGCAACCGAGGCCGAGCGCAAGUUCCAUGCCGCUAGGUCGCGUUGGUGGAAUUCUACUGGCGGCGGCUCACACGCACGCUCUACAGGCUCGGUUCAGAAAGGAAAUGUCAAGGCAGGCGAUGGCGGCGCAAAGUUCCGCAGCGAAUGGCCUGAGGUUGAUACCGAGAAUUGGGAGUACAUGCGCAAGGAGGAUAUCGAUCCUGCGACCGGUCAGAAGAGAAACUCGGCCGAUGGUACCGGUUCGGUCAAUGGUUGUGCACCACAACUUGGCAUCGCUAGCGCCGGCAGCGGGAACCAGGCCCAGGCUGUCGUAGAUGUCAUGGCACAACGGAGGGAAUUGGGUCAGGGCUGGCUCUGGCAAAACAAAUUCCUCGUGGCUUUGGGCGCAGUUUUCGUCUACGUACUCAUCGCCCGGAUUCUAGGAUCUGUCGAGUAAGGGCACCUCGCAGUCCCCGGUCAGUCUACAACCACAUUACCAAUGCCCCGCACAAUACCACUACCACGUCAGCCAUGAAACAUGGGUGCGAGGCGACUGUCAUGGCUGACGUCGGGUACUGUUCUACCACCACGACAUGAUCUUUCAAACGAUAUUCUACUCUCUCGGUUGCAUGUGCCCUAUUACGGAACUAUCGCGCCAUUCACGACUUUCUUUUUUGUACUGACAACGGGCUUUGCACGGCGUUCGAUGGCGUUAUGAAGAAAUGGUUUGGUAACAGCGAUGAUGGCAUACUGCAAUUAUAUUCUGCAAUGGGAUCUCGGCCAGCAUUACCGGAACGGCAAAGGGUUGUAUAAGCGACAAGAAGAUUGUUCGCAAGUUGCAGACCCAUGUUUUAAUUAGCCGGUAUCAUUUUACACAACUAGUCAUGUGAGCCCCUGGCAUCAUUCUUAAAACUGUGUUCUUUAGUGUACCUACUUAGCCCUCUGCGUGACUUGCGGAUGCUACUAUUUUUUUCUUUCUCAAAAUUAAGGUUCUUGUCACACCGUUGCAGUCAAUACAUGGACCGCUUGCACUAGGUUGGAAACGGCUUGGCAUACCCCUGAUGAUGCAACAACGAUGAGAU